GAGAACCAGUUCAGAAAACGCGAGGAGGCAUUUGUCAAGAUGGUCGAUGAGGCGAAAGAUAAGGUACUGGAAGAAAUACGCACGAAGGCAGCUGCAAAACGGCAGAGAGAUCUAGAGGAAACUCUAGAUGAUUUCAUUGAAAAGGUUAAGAGGCAAGCUCCUGUUGCUGCGGCAUUUCCUAAUGUGAGCCAGUCCCGCAUGUUCCAAGAAGGAUGACAGAUAUUGUCACCGAUCUCGCAGCAAUGUCACGUGAGGCGGCGCGUUCUCUCAUGGCUGUUGUGGUCCGAAACGAGGGUGCAAAUAAGGAACAUGUGCCGGAAGCAGGCCAAGCUGCUCGUCAGGGCGCGGCCAUUACAACCAUCGAGUCUGCACGUGGAAAAGAGCCAGUGGCCCCGCUUGAGUAUGAUGAGCCUAUGGUGCCUGAUGACGAGCCGGAGGAUAAGCCAAUGAUAGAAGAUGUAAAAGGCAAAGGUCCUGCCAUUCAAUUGCCUCCUCGUAGAUGCAUGAGACAGACUACCAUGCAUGAGGCCCUUGGCUGUGGUGCAAGGGAUCAAGUGGUGCCUGAUAUGAUGCAUCGUGGAGAUACCACCAUGGGCGAAGCUGUUGCGCCGGACCUGCCAGAACAACGUAUUUCUACAGUCACACCGCUAGGGAACAAGAGGCUUGCCUUACCUGGAGGUGGCCAGCAGAGUAACCCACUACCUCUAGCGGUUGUUCCAGCAAUGCCACCCCAGCCACCUGCUCCACAUAAUUAUGGCUUUUCGCCGUUUGAGCUGGAACUUCAUCACUUCUUCUACCCAGACCACGUCUGCAUGGGUUUAUAUGAGACGGCCGAAAUGCUUAGCGAGCCGUCCGAACUUAGCAGGACUUGGUUCGAACACUUCAAUCCUACUAUCCUACGCCUGGAUGGUCACAAGAUCAAGUACCAGUUCAGUUUGCUUGGAGAAAUGUUGUACACGAGACUCGAUGCAUGGGUGCGUGGGUGGAAUGAGAGAGAGAGUAGGAUGAUGCAAGAGUACACCUGCCAAACUGGAGGGGUUUGGUUCCUCCUGAUGUUCUGCUACACAUGGAUAGCAUCGAUACUGCCGAGACACGCGAGCUCUUGUUGGGGAUGCUUGCUGCACCAAGGCUAGGUUUUAGGCUCUGCCUGUGCCGUCUGAUUAUGAUGCCAGCGUGGCUCUGCCAUGCUUGGAGCUUGUACGUCUUUGACAUGGAGCGCAAGAUACUCAAUGUGCUUGAUCUGUUGUGCACAGAUCAGACUACGUGUGUGUAUGAGAUAAAACAUGGUAGUACGGUGCGCACGGUUGUUAGAGCUUUGAAGAUUAUUGGCAUGAUGAUGGAUGACGGCUGGGAUAUGGACAUUACCAAAUGGAAGGUGGUCUAUAAUGUGGGGAUGCACGUUUCGUGCAGUGGGGGUGAGACACCCGGGUACAUUGCGUACUACGCUGACAAUUUCAACGGUUUCGGCCUCGAGGAAGAUGUCCCAGUUCAUGGGCUUCCACAGCGUCGGAAGAGAAUGCUUUACGAGACAUUAGCAUGCCAAGGCAACACUGCUCCUCGCCCUGGCAUAAUGGAGAUAGUUGAGGAAGAGCAAGAAUAGAGUUGCACCGAAUGAUUGCGUCAUUCGGGCAUCAGUUCGUUCGUGGCAAGGUGUGCCAUUUUUUGUAGCUGGCUUGCAGCCGGUUUUGUCAUCCAAUGAGAUGUGUUGGGAUUGGCAUUCACAUUAUCGCUU